CGACCGCUGAGGGCGGCGCGGAAGCGGCACCCAGGCAUGGCUGAGCCCCUCCGCAGGACACUUUCCAAGUUGCGGGGCAGAAGGUCCCAGCGAGGGACGGCGGCGGGCGCCGGGCACCGCCACGGCGGGGGCUGCGCCCCGCAGGAUUUAAUAGAAAAUGUUUACAUAGCUUCGAGGAGCAGGAAGGAGCCCAGGUCCCCCCAGGGCAGCGAGGUCCCUGAGCACAGGCUGCAGGUGAACAGCAUCACCGUUUCCAAGAAGCGCAGCUGGCUGCAGCAGAGCACGCACCGGCCUCCUCCUCUGGAAGAAAACGUCUGUAAGGAAGCACAUGGGGCUGUUAUUCUGGCACCCAAAUCUCCCACCCCACUGCCUGACCCCUCAAUGUCACGGGCUCUUUCCACAUCACCAGUGGGGAGGGACUGUUCUGUGAGAAGCCAAGUGCCCACUGGUGUCCUGCCAGGCCCCACCAGCCCUGCCGCCCCGAGGAGCGUGGCUCCAGACUUCGGUGAGGAGAACGAUGCGGAUGAUGAAGGAGAAAUUUGGUACAACCCCAUUCCUGAAGAUGAUGAGCCCGACAUGCCGAGGGUCCACCUUUCUGCUGUGAAUUGCCCCGUUGCUGUGGGCUCCCCAAUGGUGUGGUACAAAGCCCCCUGUGGGGGUGAUGUGGGGCCAGUUGUGGGUCCCCACGAGGGUCCCCCACACUCCAUGGAGUGUGCAGGGGACAGCAGUUGGAUGGCUCAGCCCAGCGAAGCGAGCCAGGCUGAUGCUGUGCAGCACCCACAGAGGUUUUCCUGUAAGGGUUCUAGCAUACCAGCAGGAGAGGACAGUCCUGCCUUGAAGUGCCCUUCAACAGGGUCUAGAGUUGUACUUGCACACAAGGCUGAUAUACCCUCAACAGAGGUUUCUCCUCCAAGUCCCAGUCCUUUGAAAAAAAGUGGAUCAAUCAACUGGCCUUUCCCUGACAGAAUUAAAUCUCCCAGGACUGUGAGGAAGCUUUCCAUGAAAAUGAAAAAGCUGCCAGAGCUGAGCAGGAAACUGAGUGUCAAGGGAACUUCAAACCAUGCUAGUUCAGAUAACCCUCCUUCUCUGCUGAAAGGUAGCUGCCGGGAUACAAGCCAUCCAGUGUCUUUGCCAUCUUCUGGAAACUCAGCCACCACUGCCAGCAGGAAUGUGAUCAGUCGUUACCAUCUUGACAGCAGUGUGUCAUCACAACACACCUACAAAAAGAAAAGCUCAAGGAGCUCCAAAUCCUUCAACAAAGGUGGUUACCUCAGUGAUGGUGACUCUCCUGAACUUAUAACAAAAUCAGGUAAACAUGGGCAUGAAACCAAGUGUGGGAAAGGAAAGGAGAGCCUCCCAAGUAACAGUGGUAAAACCGAAAUAGAUAUUGAUGCUUUCAGACACUAUAACUUUUCUGAUCAACCCAAGUGCUCUCAGUACAUCUCUGGACUCAUGAGCAUCCACUUCUAUGGUGCUGAAGACUUAAAACCACCAAGAGUAGACUCGAAAGAUGUCUUUUGUGCAAUACAGGUUGACCUGGUAAACAAAGCAAGAACAGCCCUGCUCACAUGUAGGACAGCAUUUCUAGAAAUGGACCACACGUUCAACAUAGAAAUUGAAAAUGCUCAGCACUUAAAGCUGGUGGUGUUCAGCUGGGAACCCACCCCACGGAAAAAUCGGGUGUGUUGUCAUGGGACCGUGGCUCUUCCCACACUCUUCAGAGUGACAAAGACACAUCAGCUGGCUGUUAAGAUGGAACCCAGGGGUCUGAUUUACGUCAAGCUGUCACUCAUGGAGCAGUGGGAGAACUCUCUGGAUGGUCUUGAUGCACAUCGGGAGCCUGUGGUGUUCGGGGUAGAAGCUCGGAAAGUUGUAGAGAAGGAAAAUGCAGGCUUGAACGUGCCACUUCUGAUGCAGAAAUGCAUUCUGGAGAUUGAAAAGAGAGGCUGUCAGGUGGUAGGACUGUACCGGCUGUGUGGCUCAGCAGCGGUUAAGAAAGAGCUUCGAGAGGCAUUUGAGAGGGACAGCAAGGCUGUUACUCUCUGUGAAAGCCAGUAUCCAGAUAUUAAUGUCAUAACAGGUGUCCUAAAGGACUAUCUGCGAGAGCUCCCCUCACCCCUGAUAACCAAGCAGCUCUAUGAAGCAGUGUUGGAUGCCAUGGUGAAAAAUCCCUUGAAAAUGACAGCAAGUGGUUGUGACAAUGACCCAAGUGACUCUGAGCACACAGCAGCCCUUCUGGAUUGCCUGCCAGACGUUGAGAAGGCUACUCUGAAGAUGCUGUUGGAUCACCUGAAACUGGUGGCUUCUUACCAUGAAGUAAAUAAGAUGACAUGCCAGAAUUUAGCUGUAUGUUUUGGGCCUGUAUUACUGAGCCAGAGGCAGGAAACCACCAACCAUAACAACAGAGUUUUCACAGACUCAGAAGAGCUUGCUAGUGCCCUGGAUUUCAAAAAACACAUAGAGGUUCUUCACUAUUUACUCCAGCUGUGGCCAGUACGUCACUCACCUGCCAGAGAACCAGCACUUCUGAAUGCAUUUCCCGAGCAUCCAUCCUCUCUGAAUUACCUGAGACCCAAGAGGCAGAGACCUCAGAUGUUGAACCUGAGCGGGACUGAGAUGUCUGGGGUGCUCAGACCAAGGCCAGCAGGGCUGGACAGCCCAUCGAGCAACCGGUAUGCUGGAGACUGGAGUAGUUGUGGGGAGAACUACUUCUUAAACCCAAAAGACUGCUUGGGUGAAGCAGACUACGAUGAUGUCCCUUCAGAAGACACAGAGAGUGGGGAUGAGAGCAGCAAGGCUGAGGAGGUGGAUGCCCCGGGGAGCUGCCCGCAGCCCAUCCCCCAGGGACACCCCUUCCAGAGAUAUUUGACAAUGCAAGCAAUAGACUCUGGGGUGGAUCACAGAGCGAACCUCAAAGACCUGCAGGAAAGCAUUGAUACUUUGAUAGGAAACCUGGAAAGGGAACUCAACAAAAACAAGCUAAAUAUGAGCUGUUAAAUCCUGUCCUGCGUGGCACUGCCUCCUAGUGCCUCUGUGCCCCUCUCUGGGCUUCCCACAGCCCUGUGAAGAGUGAUGGUGUCCUUGAAUGCCUUGUGGUAAGGCCACGGCCUGCCUUGUGUUACCAAAUUUUAAUUCAUUCCGUUACAUUUCUGCCUUUUUGUUAGAAGAAGAAGGUGUUGACCUGAUUCUGGUGUUGGAGACAACCUUAGAGACUGUGAGGUAAUUCCACAUAGUGGCAUUUCUCCCUAAAAAUUCUAUGCACUUCGGUGGUCUGGACAACACCUGGCAGGAGAUAAAGCAACAUCUCUGCUCUUGGCAGCAGCAUUACUUCUCAUUCCUGAACCCCCAGCUCUGGUACGGAUGUUCCUUUCAGAAGAGGAUGAAUGCUGCUUGGCCUGAGUUUUGCAGCAUGGACUUUAGAUAGACUUGUUCUAUUAUAUAUGCAAUGGCUGCUAUGAAAAUGCUUUUUAUAUAUAUAAUAUUUAUAUAUAAAGUUUUAAAUGUACAAAUAUUAAUGUAUUCCUGUAUUAACACUUUUCAAUAAUUAUUUAAACAAGCAAGAAUUAAAUAUUUUUCUAACCUGGUUUGUACAUACCUAUGUUUAAAUGUGCAUGUGUAGCCACCUUGGGAAAGAAGAGGUCACUCAAAAUUACGAAACAUCCCCAUUUCUAGGAAGAUGUGUUCAGUGAUGCCAGGAUGAAGUUACUUCUUGGGUAACACAGCAUUUGAUUUAUGCACAGGAACAUGGCCAGAGAGAAGGCAGGGUGAAUGAUUAAUAUAAAUGACCUUGUGUGUUGCAGAGGUGUUGGUUUGCAGGUGUUGACUAUUAACUCUCACACACACACUCAACACACUUUCUCUAUUUUUUAAUUCUUUUGUUUGGUUGGUUUGGUUUUUUUCCUCCAUGUUUUUUCAUACACAGAGAAGGUCUGGAAGGUAUUUAGUUUUCAAAAAAGAGUCCUGGUUUGUCCUUGCAACCUCUUACUUUAUUUUUGGUGUUUCAGUACUACUUUUUUCCCUCUAGAGUUUCAUGUAUUUUUGUUGAGGUACUCUUGUCUGCUGGCUGUUAGCUGUGCUUGAGUCCUGUCUGAAGGGCUGUGGCUCUGGAGAUGCAAGACUUAAGUUCUACACAAAGGCAGUUACUUUUGCUUGAGUCUUUUUUUUUUUUUUUUCUUAAAUUAAUCUCCCCAAAACAGAAACCUGGGUUCUUAGAUGAGGUUGAAUAGGUUGAGUGAUGUUACUCGUGGAGAAUUUUGGGUGGGAUUCCAGAUUGCACUGGGACCUUAUUAGAUUCAACUGUCACCAUCUUCUCAGGUCAUUUUUUAUCUUUAGUCAUUUAGGAGCAAUUAAAGAUUCAUGCUAAGGAAACACAAUUUCAGUCCUUCUAACCAAAAGGAGCUAUAGUGUCAUUCCUUGUCUUUCAUAGGUCAGCCCCUGUGAGGAAGGGGGAAAUUUGGGCAGGUGGGGGCAAGUGGGUUUUGUGUUUUGAGAGGUCAAACUCUUGAGUCCUCAGAUGGUAAGAUAGAGUUUAAUGCUCUGUACCUUUUUGGUACAAUGUUGGCAUCCUGCCAUGGCUUUCCAUUCACCCUGUGGUAAGUGCUGUUCUGCUAACCUGUACUUACUUAUAUUGCUUAAUUGAGUUAUUUAUUUUAUGGUAGCAAGGAAUUAAGAGUUGCUAUGGCAAACUUCACACCCCUCUUUUCUAAGGAAUUAUUUUAGCACGGUUUCAAAUGGAUUAUUCAGUCUCAUUAAUUUAUUUUUUAUAAGUGUUAACAGAUGCAAAACAAUUAUUGCAAUAUGAUAAUGUAUGAAAAUGUAAAUUUAAUCUGAAACAUUUAUCAAUAAAUCGAUGUAUUUUUUUAAACUUUUAUACCUACAGAAUGUGCAUACUUUUUAAACUAUAAAUUUAAAUUCUAAAUAAAAUUUGAAUUAAGAACAAAAUUUGACUAAGCCUAGCUAGUGAUUAUUUAAACCUGUCCAGGGCGCUGCAAUACAUUUGUCCUGACUGCACGUGUGAAUUAAUUCUGUGAAUUAAAAGUUUCUCAGAUGUUUUGUUCUGUUGCCUUUUCUAGAUAGACCCAGCACUUCAAUAAUGUAAUUAAAAACCUAACAAGCUCAAAAUAAAUACUACCCAAUUAAAUCCAAACAGUAUUCUAGGAAAGCUGUCAAACCACUGUUGUAGCAGCAUUUCCUUUAUUGCAGAAUGCUGAUGCUUUUGAAUAUAGCGUGGUGUCUGCACUGGGUGUGUAGAUGUAUUCACAGUAGUUGAAAGAUGUUUGCAUAUAAAGUUAUUUGAUAAAUGGUAUAUAAAGAUUUCAUUGUUCAUCAUGAUGUGAAUAAUGUAAAUGAACACCUUGUGAAUCAGUGUAGGCUGUUCCUACAGGAAGGUUCUAUAACUCAAUGCAGCAAUGCACUGCUCUGUCAGCUCUUAAUAUUUUAACCUUACAACAGAG